AUGUCACAUUUCCAAGGGAACACUGGUACACUGAUUAUAGUUGUUGCUAGAGCUAAAAAUCUGCCAAAUCGCAGAAAAAUGGAGAAGCAAAAUCCAUACUGUUUACUGCGUAUAUCCAACUUGACAGAUAAAACUAGAGCUGACAUACGAGGAGGUCAAAAUCCACUUUGGGAUGAAGAAUUCAGAUUCAACAUUUCACCAGAAGUCCAACCGAUACUGAAGCUUUCCAUUUUGGAUGAAACUAAAAAAGCCCCAGUGCUGGUCUCAGAAGCUGAAAUAGAUUUCACUCCAGUGUUUUAUUCCUCGGUGAAGGAAGGAUUUGAUAGAUGGCAUCAAUUGAAAGCUGGGAGUCGAGAAGCUGGUGAAAUUUACUUGGAAAUGACAUUCUAUCCAUUAACGUCUGGGUUUUCAUCAAGUCAAAUGAGCAAAUCAAGUAAAGCCCCACUAGUUAGAAAAAGAGACCUACCUGCAGUUCCUGGUCAAGAAACCAAAAGUGAAUCAAUGAGCGCACCCGCAACCACUAUACCACCUCCACUUCCAAGAGCUACUAGUCCAAGAGCUCUAGCAUUUGAUAGAUUAUCAAAAAGCGAAUAUGGUGGGGACAUAUCGCAGCAAUUUCAUCAUUCAGAUUCGUUUCGUCCUGAACAAAGAACAGAUUUCAGUCGUUCACAAAUAUCAGUCAACUCAUUACCAGAUAUACCAUCACAUAACAAUGUUUUGAAGAAUUUACCUCCCAUUAACACAAAUCCUCAACAAGAACAAAAAGCUGACUCAUUCAGACAAAGCUUAGAUCCUGGGAGACGGAAUCAAACUUCUGAUCUAAAGAAUUUCGCUCAAAAAUUAACAAGUAAAUACAAUCUUCCACUUCUGGGUUCAAAUGAAGUUAACACACAGAAGAAGACAUCAGAUUCGUUCGAUGAGUUAGAAAGAGAAGUGCAAUCGGAUUGGGUUAGAAACUAUAGAUCUGAUAAACCAAGACCACCACCACUACCAUCACAUAGUCAAAAUUCAUUAUCAUCGGGAUCAGGAUCGCUUCCUCCACCUUUACCACAACAUAGCUCUCACUCGUUGAAAAAUUCUUCAAUCAAUCAGUACAAUAUAAUAGAACCUGGAAAUGUUUCACCAAAUAGAAGAAGAAGUCCAGAAAGAAAAGCACCGGGAAACUUUUACAAAAGUGGGAGCAGCAGUCCAAAAAGAUUGAACCUAAGCAGUUUGCCUUAUGAUUCUAAUAGUAUACCUACUCCUUCAACUCAUUCUCCAAAUAUUGAUAACUAUAAUGACAGAGUCACAUCCUCAAAAGACGAUGAAGUAUUACUGGAUAGACACAAUGCUCCAACCCCAUAUGAUUUAUUUGUGCAAGAUUCAAUGAACAACUCUCAAAGUUCUUUUGGAAGAACAUCUCCAACUCGUUUCAAAAGCUCAUUACCUCCUGCACCUCCACCACAUUGA